AGACGUAUACAUACUCUAGAACUCCUCGUCGCCCGUCCAGCCACACAUUGCUCUGUACAAACCCAGAACUCUUGCUUUGGCAGAAUAUACCACACAUUAACCGCAUUCACUCAGACCGUCAGCCCAGCAUGCAUCGCACAUACUCUAUGCGCCAGUCGCGCGCGCCGACCGCCUCGCAAAUCCAAAACCCACCGCCACCGUCAGCUUCCACCAAGGGUGGUCGCCUCUUCGGCCGUGCCAACAUUGGCCACACAUUCCGCAAGUCCGUCCACCCUGGCGCUUUCGGCCCAGACCUCGCAAAGAAGCUUUCGCAGCUGGUGAAGAUGGAGAAGAACGUCAUGCGAUCAAUGGAGCUUGUGGGCCGUGAGCGCAUGGAGGUUGCUCAGCAGCUAUCUUUGUGGGGUGAGGGUUGCGAUGACGAUGUUUCCGACGUUACCGACAAGCUCGGUGUCCUCAUCUACGAAAUCGGGGAGCUGGAGGACCAGUUUGUGGACCGCUACGACCAGUACCGCGUGACGAUCAAGAGCAUUCGCAACAUCGAGGCUUCCGUCCAGCCCAGCAGAGACCGCAAGCAGAAGAUCACCGACCAGAUCGCACAGCUCAAGUACAAGGAGCCAAACAGCCCAAAGAUUGUCGUGCUCGAGCAGGAGCUUGUCCGUGCUGAGGCCGAGUCGCUCGUUGCUGAGGCACAGCUGUCCAACAUCACCCGCGAGAAGCUGAAGGCUGCCUUCACCUACCAGUUCGAUGCUCUCCGCGAGCACAGCGAGAAGAUGGCCAUCAUUGCCGGCUUCGGCAAGCACCUCCUCGAGCUCGUUGACGACACUCCAGUCACUCCCGGCGAGACCCGCAACGCUUACGACGGAUACGAGGCAUCCAAGGCUAUCAUCCAGGACUGCGAAGAUGCCCUCACCAACUGGGUCGAGCAGAACGCCAAGGUCACCUCCAGCCUGUCCCAGCGCACUCGCACACUUUCGCAACGCCGCCGCAACAAGAACUCCGGCCACGACCUGGCUGACCAGGACCAGGACCGUGAGUCUGGCAUGUGGGUGUCUGCUGAGCAGCACGGCGCUGGACAAGACUACGACGAUGAGGACUCUGUCCGCGGACGUGAAGUCGCAGCAUAAGCAGCCGAUUGGAAAGAUGUGUUCUUUGGAAAAGCAACGAGUGAAAGUUAUAUACCCUGGGAAAGCGAAGAAAGCGCGUAAUACUGUACGAGCAGCACAGGAUCACAGCCGAGCGACGACCUCACGAGUUUUUAUAUUUUAUGGGAAAUCAGCAGCGUCGUAUAUGAUAAUGU